UCGUAGUCAAAUUCGCCGGUGCCCGCCAUUACAGGAAACGCUAUCAGUGCCCGCUAGGUGUCACUGUUAAACAAAAUGGCAGCGCCCAUUCUCAGGAAAUUUAGCCGUACAAGAGGAUUCAUCAGCAGGUUUCAGCGCAAUUUUCAUCUGACAGUGCAGGCAAUGGGUGCGUAUGAUGCCGAGUUCAACAAUGCUAAAGAAAGACUUAAUAACUUGAAGGAGGACCCUGGCAAUGUUGUCAAACUCCAGAUUUAUGCUUUGUUCAAACAGGCAACUGUUGGAAAGUGUAAUGCACCUAAACCUGGCAUGUUGGAUGUUGUAGGAAAGUACAAGUGGAAUGCAUGGAAUGAUCUAGGGGAUAUUUCUCAGGAUGAGGCACAGAAGCAGUACAUAGAGUUAGUGGACUCGUUGGCUGGAGCGGAGUCCGCUGCAUCAGCUGGAGCAGAAGCAACAGGGGACCAGAAGUUUGAAACGCUAGCUGUUUCAAAUGCUGGUGGUAUUUAUAGUAUAACACUAAACAGACCAAAUAAGAAAAAUGCCAUUACAGUACAGAUGUAUGAAGAGAUGAUUUCUGCAUUAAAAGAAGCAGCAGAAGAUAGCACAGUUGUCAUAGCAACAUUUACAGGAGCUGGAGAUUUUUACUGUAGUGGAAAUGAUUUGAGUAACUUUAUGAACAUCCCUCCAGAAGGAAUAGAGGGCAUGGCGAUAAAAGGUGGUGAACUGUUAGAACGUUUUGUAGCAGCUUUUAUAGACUUCCCUAAGCCGUUGAUAGGUCUUGUGAAUGGGCCGGCUGUGGGCGUGUCAGUGACUGUACUCGGUCUGUUUGAUGCAGUAUAUGCAAGUGAUAGAGCAACAUUCCAUACACCUUUCUCCCAGUUAGGCCAGUCACCAGAGGGAUGUUCCUCCUACGUCUUCCCUAAACUGAUGGGAGCUGCCAAGGCCAGUGAGAUGCUCUUGUUUAAUAAGAAGAUCUCAGCUGCCGAGGCUUUUAAUAGAAACCUAGUCACUCAGGUCAUACCAGAUGAUGUGUUUGUUAAAGAGACAACAGCUAAAGUUCAGGCCAUUGCUCAAUUGCCAAAAGAGAGCAUGAGUUUCUCUAAAGUUUUAAUUCGUGACGGGGAGAGAGAAAAGUUACACAAAGUGAACAAAGAGGAAUGUCGAGUGCUGGUUGGAAGAUGGCAAUCAAACGAGUGUAUGACUGCCAUCAUGAACUUCUUCCAACAAAAAUCCUCCUCAAAGUUGUAGAACGCUGUGAUUUCAGAACAAUUAUUAACUUUAAUGAGUUGUGAUAGUGAACUGUAAGUUUUUUCACAUAAACAGAAAUUUAUUUAUUGUGAACAGGGCUACCUUACAAUAUGUUGGUGUAUUUUUUUUACAAACAGAAACUAAUGAUCAUCGAAUUCCUGUCCUAAAAUAAUAUAUUUGGAUUUGAAUUUUUUUCAUUACAUAAUUUAUAUUGGUAAAGAUUACAUACUUUUUGUAUAAUAAAUUGAAAUUUUUGGAACAUUAAAUUUGACUCAACGCUGAAAAAAUAAAUUCAUUUUAAACAAAAACGGUCUACUUUGCUGUGACAUAGCUCAUUAUUUAUGUGAUAUAUUUUCUUGUAUUAUAUUUAUCAAAUUUUUCUUUAAUUGUGCUAGAUGAUUUUUUAAUGAUAAACAUAUACUUAAGAGUAAAUGAGUAAGUUGUAUUUGUUAAAAGUGUUUUUUGUCAUUGAAGAAUAUAAUUGAGCCGUGUCAUGACAAAACCAACAUAAUGGGUUUGUGACCAGCAUGGAUCCAGACCAGAAGCAUGGAUCCAGAC